GCUCCGGUCCAAGCGCGCCCGGUGCACUGCGCUGGUGCAGCAGACGUGGCGAGGCACCACGCCCCGGGGGCGCGGCCGGCGCGGCGACGCUCGAAGCGAUGCUGAUGCAGAUUCCAAUGCAGACCGGCAGCGCCCCCGGCGACGACUUCGCCGACCUCCAGAGCCUCCGCGGCCUGAGCGCGCAGCUCGUGCUCGCCAGCCCCGCGCUCCUCGGCGGGGCUCGAAGAACCACUUCAAGGGCCAGUGCCGCCCGUGCCGCUUCCACGACGCCCCCGAGAAGUGCCCCCGCGGCGAGGGGAAGAUGGUCCAGCUGCGCGUGGAGCGAAGCAGUGGCGAGGGCAUCCUUGAUUGCUUCAUCUCGGUGCGCAUCGGUGACGCCCAGAAGCUGUCGCGGCUCUCGGCCCUGCACUCCUUCCGCUUCCCGCACGCGGGCGACCGCCGGCUCGGCAAGGUCGAGGUGUUCCAGCGCAUAGGCAGCUGCAGCCUCGACGUCAACGCCACCAACUCUGGCGCCAGAGACGUGCUGAUCGACUGCGGCGAGGCUGGCUUCGGUUGCCUCGGCCUGAAGGUCAACGUGGACCGGGACGAGUCCAGCCAGCAGGAGUCGGGCCAGAAGAAGGAGAGCAAGGAGACGCAGGACAUGAAGGCGGCGCGGGAGUACCUGUCCAAGCACGGCCUCGAGGUGAAGCUCUCGGAGGCCAUGCAGGCGGUGCUGCGCGAGAGGCCCGCGGACCCGGCGGCGAUGCUCGCGGCCAAAUUGUGCAGUAGCGGCGACCCGCAGGCCCCCGCGGGGCCGAAGCCCGCAGCCGCGCGCCCGUCGCCGAAGGGCGCCGCGCAGGCGAAGAGCACGUCGAGGAUCGAAAGAUGA